AUGCAAGUCAACAGCCUCAGCAAGUUACAUGAGGUUACGGCGCAGCUGCCUGAUGAGAGCGUAGGAGGAGAACCAGGAGACAUGAGAGACUCCGAGUGCAUGACUAUUGCGAUUGCGUCUCUUCUUGGACUUUUCCUGGCUCCAGCCCUCGCUGGUGUGCAUAGCAAUGAAAACUUUGAGGGGUACGACGAUGAAGACUCUGACCUCGACGUCCACUCAGACUCAAGGGAGAGCUCCAGGGCCUUGAAAACUGUCUGGGACAUCAAGACUGGCUAUGCUGCAACCAAGGUAUUUUCAAAGAACAGCUGCAUCAUUGCUAAGAUAGACAAAAAUUUUUUGCCUGGCCAACAGUUUCCUGCACAACCUCAAGGACAGAAGGGACUGAGACCUUACCAACUGCCGCCCAGAGAGAAUCGCUUCAUUAUCUCCACAAACAGCCUGCAAAGCCUGAGCCCGUAUGGAAAACGCAUUCAAGCUCUGUGCAGAGGGAUUCCCUCUUACCUCGCUUACCGAGCUGCUGGAUCAAACUUCUUAGAGGGAGAUGUUUCAUGCUUGGAAGUUAAUAUUUACAGACAGCCUGUCCGUUACUGUUAUUAA